AUGCAUUGCCACCUCUUGCCUAUCAGCCUUAUCGCUCUAGCUUUGGCCAACGCGACCCCUGUCGAAGUUGACCGCAUGGAUAGCGUGCUGUUUGAGAGGCGCGGGCUGCAGUUCACUGCCAAUAACCUCUUCCCCAGCCCACGCUUUGCUGGACUGGGCUAUUCAAACACAAAUGUGUUCCCUGACCUGGCAUUCUCGGCUGGUAGUGGCCAAAUUUUCGGUUGUGGUGUUGCUCCUAAUAUGCCCUGUCCAGCUCCAGCUCCGGAUCCUGAGCCCCAAUCUGCUCUGGCACCCGAACCUCAACCAGCUCCCGCUCCUCAACCAUGUGACCAGGGCCAGGUUCAGGCUCAGAGGUGCCCGGUUCCUGCACCCCAGCCAGCCCCGGCACCGGCUCCUGCUCCAGCCCCUUGCCUUGCUCCAGCUCCCCAGCCUUGUGUUCAGCCUCAACUGGCUCCUACUCUCGCUCCCCAACCUGUUCCAGAACCUCAACCCGCUCCCCAGCCUGCACCGCAGCCUUGCGACCAGUCUCAAGGCCAGGAAUGCCCCGGUGCAAGCACAGCGCCAGCUACGUUCAACUUCAGCAACAGUCAGAACGGCAACCUGCAGGAUGACCAGUACCACGAGAACAGUUUGUUUGCGAACAACAAGGGCGCCAAUGCCAGGAACGUCCAAACAGGUACAAACACGAAUAUGAACUACAUGGGUCCGAACUGA